AUUCCAUCAACAACUCUACACUACUUUCAUUCUGGUUUCGUUUCUCCUUCAACCUAACAACUUCUUUCGAUAAACACCCAAAAACCCAGAAAAAUGUCUGUUGAGAAUUUAGCUUUUUCUUUCUUUUUAUUACCUGCAAUUUCAGUUCUCUCUCUACCCAUUUUUUUCUCUUUCAUUCUCUUCCUUUCCGUAUUCACUUUUUUGUUGUACCCAGGUGGGCUAGCAUGGGCCGUUUCUCUUUUCAAAACCUCGGGUCGCAGGCAUUCCGCAAUUCCAGGCCCAUCGGGUCUUCCCCUUGUUGGACUCGGUUUUGCUUUCACCUCUGAAACUACCCAUAGAGUCCUUGCUAGUAUAGCCAAAAAGCUUAAUGCUACACCAUUAAUGGCGUUUUCUGUUGGGUUAACUCGGUAUAUAAUAGCGAGUCAGCCCGAGUUAGCUAAGGAGAUUUUAAACAGUUCUGAGUUUGCUGAUCGUCCUAUUAAAGAGUCUGCAUAUGAACUACUCUUUAACAGGGCAAUGGGUUUUGCUCCAUUUGGUGAUUAUUGGAGGAAUUUAAGGAGAAUUUCUGCUACUUACCUUUUUAGCCCAUCAAGAAUUUCAUGUUUUGGGGUUUUUAGGGAAGAAAUUGGUAGAAAAAUGGUGGAAGAAGUAAAAAAUUUGAGGGGUAAAAAUGGAAAUGUUGAGAUUAAAAAUGUUUUACAUUUUGGGUCUUUAAACAAUAUUAUGAUGAGUGUUUUUGGGAAAGGGUAUGAUUUCUUUGGAGGGAAUGGGAAUGGGGAUGAAGGUGAAGAACUUGAAGGGUUAGUUAAGGAAGGGUAUGAAUUACUUGGGAUAUUUAAUUGGGGUGACCAUUUAGCCCCUUUAAAGUUGUUAGAUUUACAAGGGGUUAGAAGUAGGAGCAAAACCCUAGUUGAGAAGGUGAAUGUUUUUGUGGGAAGAAUCAUAGAAGAACAUAAAAUGGAUAGGAAUAUUAAAAAUGGUGUUAAAGGUGAAAAUGAUGGUUCUUCUAAAGAUUUUGUUGAUGUACUUCUUGAUUUGGAAGAUGGGGAGAACAAACUUGAUGACUCUGAUAUGAUUGCUCUUCUUUGGGAAAUGAUAUUUAGAGGGACUGAUACAAUAGCAAUUCUCCUUGAAUGGAUACUUGCUAGAAUGGUUUUACACCCGGAUAUUCAAGCCAAAGCCCAAUCCGAAAUCGACACCAUUCUUGGAACCGACCCGGUAACCGAUUCAGACCUCCCUAAGCUUCCCUACCUCCAAGCCAUUAUCAAGGAAACCCUCCGGGUCCACCCACCCGGUCCACUUCUCUCAUGGGCUCGUCUCUCUAUUCACGACACCCAAGUCGGGCCCCACUUCAUCCCAGCUGGAACCACUGCAAUGGUUAACAUGUGGGCUAUAACCCAUGAUGAGAAAAUCUGGCCGAACCCAAAUGAAUUCAAACCCGAACGUUUCAUGGAGGAGAAUGUUCCCAUCAUGGGUUCGGAUCUCCGACUUGCUCCGUUUGGAGCGGGUCGGAGGGUCUGUCCCGGUAAGGCAAUGGGUAUGGCGACGGUGCAGCUUUGGUUGGCACAAAUGUUGCAGAACUUUAAAUGGGUUCCUGCUGCUGAUCAAGGUGUUGACUUGACUGAAUGCCUUAAGCUAUCUAUGGAAAUGAAGAAGCCCUUAGUUUGUAGGGCUGUCCCAAGAGUUGCUUAAAUUUUGUGUUACUUGUUGGUGUUAUUUUUAAGACUUAAGAUAAGGAUGUUUGCUCCAUGAUUUUGCACAUCUUUGUAUGGAGGAGACUCUAAAGGCUUUAAGAAUAAUUAAAUCUUUAAGUUUUAACCCAUUAUAAUUUGUAUUUUGAAUUAGUAAAUUAAGUAUUUCUGAUGUAAAAGCUCAGCUUUCAAGUUUUCAACUUUUUUUUAUUUUUUAUUUUUAUGAUAUGAAUAAUAUUGCAAAUUAUAA